UGUGUGCUCUAUUUUUUCGUGAUAGAGGACAUUGAAUCACCGAUGACAAGUCGUCUGCCGCCUAUGAAUUCGAAUUAAUGUCUGUACUACGUUGAUUGUCCGACUUAAGUAUGGAAGCUUCUUUUGACCAGAAAAUAAAUGUUGUAUACCUCGACGAAAGUCGCAGAACUCCUGUGCAUUGUGCUGCUCUGGAUGGUAAGCACGAACAGGUGGAAGAAAAAGUACGAGUCGCCUCUGGACUGGAUGACCAAGAUGAACAAGAAAGGACCCCGCUGCAUCAUGCGACCGAACACGGACACAGAGAACACUGGACACCACUUAUGAGUGCAGCAGACCUGGGCAAGGAACAGUCGUGCCAAGAUAUACUCACUGUUAAUCCACAGACUGAUGACGUGAACAUGGAUGGAGAAACAGCAUUGCAUAUUGCGUGUAGGAGAGGACAUGUGGGCGUUGUCAACCUGCUAAUGGACCACGGGGCAAGUUUGAAUGUUUGUAACAAAGAUGGUGUAACGUGUUUUGAGGCAGCCGCCAAGGCAGGAAAGAGUGAAGUUGUGUUUGUAAUGAUAAAGCAUAAAAG